GAGUUCAGGACCUGGUGCUGGGUGAGUGGAGCUCUUCAGUCUUCUGAUUCUUACACACAGGUCCCUCAGCAAAGUCCAGCUACAUAGUCACUGAACAUGGAUAUAGGAGAAGCGGAAGAUGAAAUACAGUUUCUGCGAACUAGGGAUGAGCUGGUACUGAGGUGUUGCUCAUCAGGCCCUCAUCAGCAGAAACUCUGUCUAGCUGCAGAAGGUUUCGGUGAACGGCUUUGCUAUCUUGAGUCCACCUCCAACUCGAAGAAUGUUCCCGCAGACCUUUCUGUGUGUGUGUUUGUGCUUGACCAGUGUCUGUCUGUCCGAGCGCUGCAGGAGAUGCUGUCCAACCAUGAAGACCAGUAUGCAUGGGUGAGUAAUGUAGUCAAAGGUGUAUUCAUUUAGUAAACAUUUGUGCCAAACACUGUAAAAUAAUACAGAGUGGUUCUGUUUCAGUCACGUGAGGAAGCCGGGCGUCGUACUCUGCUCUAUGGCCAGACGGUUCUCUUUCGACAUGUCUACAGCGACAUGUAUCUCUGCUGUCUGUCCACAUCAGGCCUCUCCUCUGACAAGCUGGCUUUUGAUGUUGGUUUGCAGGAGGACACAAAGGGUGAGGUGUGUUGGUGGACGGUUCACCCUGCCUCUAAACAGAGGUCCGAGGGUGAGAAAGUCAGAGUGGGUGAUGAUCUCAUCUUAGUUAGUGUUUCCUCUGAGAGAUAUCUACAUGUGUCUUGGAGUAACAGUGAAGGUAAUGACAACGGCAUUGGCCGGGUGGAUGCUGCUUUCCAGCAGACAUUGUGGAGCGUGGCUCUUGUUUCCACUCAGACGGCAGAGACGCAGGGUCAUGUGAGAGGAGGGGAUAGUGUGCGUCUGCUACAUGGACACACAGAUGAAUGUUUGACCAUUCCUGCAGCAGAAGACAGACUGGAGGAGCGCAGAUCUGUACAUUUUGAGGGCGGCUCAGUAUCUCUUCAGGCUCGAUCUUUAUGGAGGAUUGAAACGUUACAUGUUGCGUGGAGCGGCAGCCACACACACUGGGGUCAGCCUUUCCGUGUUCGCCACCUUUCCACCGGCUUAUACCUGGGACUGACUCAGGAUCGGGGACUACAGCUGGUGGAGAGAGAAAGAGCUGAUGUGAAAUGUACUGCGUUCUGUCUCCGUGCAUCAAAGGAAGAGAGCCAAAAGAGCUCACACUUUAAGAAGAGAGAUGGCAUGGGUGCACCUGAGAUCAAAUACGGAGACUCUCUCUGCUUCAUUCAGCACGUUGACACAGGGCUUUGGCUCACAUAUCAGACCACUGACUCCAAGAGACAGAAGGAAAGUGUGCCACAGAGACAGGCUGUUUUGCAAGCAGAAGGUCACAUGGAUGAUGGAAUCACCCUCUCUCGCUCUCAGAGGGAGGAGUCUCAAGCUGCUUGUUUAAUUCGAAGCUCCGCCCUUCUCUUCUCAAAAUUCAUAAGGGGAUUAGAUGAUGUCAGCCAAAAGGAAAACAUCACGGAUUUGGAUCUUCCAAUUAAGGUGGUCCAUCUGACCCUCCAGGAUCUGCUUGGGUAUUUUCAAUGUCCUGAAAUGGGGCAGGAUCAUGAGGUCAGACAGGGAGAUAUUAGAGCACUGAAGAACAGACAAAAUCUCUUCCAAGAUGAGGGUAUAAUCACUCUGGUGCUGGACUGCAUCGAUCACUUGCAUGUGUACAGCAGUGCCACUCAUUUUGCAGAGGCUGCUGGGAAAGGGGCAGGAGAGUCUUGGGAAAUUAUCUUGAACUCUUUUUAUGAGCUGCUAGCUGCCCUAAUCAGGGGUAAUCGGAAUAACUGUGCCCACUUUUCUGGUUCCUUGGACUGGCUGGUCAGCAGACUAGAGAGGCUGGAGGCUUCCUCUGGAAUAUUGGAAGUGUUACAUUGUGUUUUAGUAGAAAGUCCUGAAGCUUUGAAUGUUAUUAAAGAAAGUCACAUAAAAUCUAUCAUCUCACUUCUGGACAAACAUGGAAGGAACCAUAAGAUCUUGGAUGUGUUGUGUUCACUCUGUGUGUGUCAUGGCGUGGCCGUCCGCUCUAAUCAGCAUUUGAUCUGUGACACACUGCUGCCAGAAAGAGACAUGCUGCUACAGACAAGACUGGUUAACCAAGUUUUCAGUGUGCGUCCAAACAUCUUCCUGUGUGCAAGAGAUGACUGUGCCCAAUACAAGAAGUGGUAUUAUGAGGUUGUAGUUGAGAAGGCAGAGCCUUUUGUGACAGCAGAACCUACUCAUCUGCGAGUGGGUUGGGCCAGCACUGAAGGGUAUCAUCCCUCCACCACAGGGGGUCACAGCUGGGGGUCAAACGGUGUAGGAGACGACCUCUGCUCUUAUGGUUUUGACGGACUCCAGCUCUGGACAGGAGGUGUAGGUCGGAGGGCUUCCUCACCCAAUCAGCACUUGCUAAGGGAUGAUGAUGUCAUUAGUUGCUGUCUUGACCUUAGUGCAACCUGCAUCUCCUUCCGGGUCAAUGGACAGCCAGUUCAAGGCAUGCUGGAGAACUUCAGUGUGGAUGGGCUGCUGUUUCCAGUCGUCAGCUUCUCAGCAGGAGUGCAGGUGCGUGUGUUGUUUGGAGGUCGACAGGGGGAGUUUAGGUUUCUUCCUCCAGCUGGUUUCUCUCCAUGCGCCGAAGCUCUCCUCCCCAAAACCCGCUGCAAGGUGGAACUGUUUCACAAACUCACACGAAAUCACAGCGAAAGCCAGCGUGACCUCUUAGGCCCUGUGGUACCUAUAAGCCCAGUGACCUUUAUCCCCAUUCCAGUGGAUUCCAGUGAGGUUGAAUAUCCUCCACAGCUGGAGCCGAUCAGAGAAAGACUAGCAGAAAACCUCCAUGAACUGUGGCUUAUUGACAAAAUAGAGCAAGGAUGGACCUACGGACCUGUUAAAGACGAGAGCAGAAAAGUACACCCGUGUCUAGUUGAGUUUUCCAAACUUCCAGAUCAGGAGCGAAUUCAUAACCUCCAGUCAUCUGAGGAUAUCCUCAGGACUCUGCUGGCUUUUGGUGUCCAUAUUGGACUCUCUGAUGAACAUGCCGAGGAGAAUGUGAAAUAUGUCCGCCUUUCAAAUAAGUAUGAGUUAUGGAAUGGAUAUAAACCAGCCCCGGUGGAUCAGUCCCGUGUCGUGCUAACAGCUGCACAGGAACAGCUGUUGGACAAACUGGCUGAGAAUGAACACAACAUCUGGGCCAGGGAGCGUAUCAGACAGGGCUGGAGCUGUGGACCACAGCAGGAUGUAAUGUAUAAGAGAAGUACUCAACUAGUGCCAUUUUCCCUGUUGGAUGAGAAGACCAAACAGGCUGGUAGAGAUGCCAUGAGGGACACACUGGGUACCCUUCUUGGGUUUGGAUAUACUGUGGAACCGCUGGAGCAAGAACAUGCUUCAAGCAGCAAUAUUAAGUCUGUGACUGCAGAGAGAUUUCGUAUUUUCCGUCUGGAGCAGCUCUUUGCAGUGUAUGAUGGAAAAUGGUACUUUGAGUUCGAGGCCAUAACUGAUGGAGAGAUGAGAGUGGGCUGGGCACGACCUGGGUGUAAACCCGACGUGGAUCUUGGGUCAGACAAUCAGGCCUUCGUGUUUGAUGGUUCUAAGGGACAGUGGUGGCAUGGUGGGGCAGAGCGAUUGGGUGGCAGCUGGAAGAAGGGGGAUGUAAUUAGCUGUUUGUUGGAUCUGACUACAUGCACUAUGAUGGUUACACUUAAUGGAGAGCUACUGCUAAACAGUCGUGGUUGUGAAGUGGCUGUAAAAGACUUCAAUAAAUCUGACGGUUUUCUGCCUGUCUGUAGCAUAGGGAUCAACCAGGUGGGUCGUUUAAAUUUGGGUCGUCAGGUUGACUCACUAAAAUAUUUCAGUGUUUGUGGCCUACAAGAGGGAUUCCAGCCCUUUGGUUUGAACAUGAGCAAAGAGAUACCUCUGUGGAUGAGCUGGAGAGAGCCUUUGUUCAUUCCUAUAUCCAAUGACCAUCAUAACAUACAGGUGAUUCGUGUUGAUGGAACAGUUGACAACACUCCAUGUCUGAAAGUAACACAGAAGUCUUUUGGGCAUCAGGAAAGGGGCACAAGCGAUGUUGGUUUUUACCGUCUGAGCAUGCCAAUAGAGUGUGCACAGGUUUUCUCCAGCCCCGGUGAGGUCAGUGUGCCCCCCGGCAGCAGUGUGGUGUGCCACCUCAGAGAUCCAGAGGAGGGAGAAGCAGAUUCUGACUUUGAGGUACUGAUGAAAGCUCACAGAUACACAGGAUCCAGAGAUGAACUCAAUAAUCACAAAGACCACAGUCAGGAAAAGCCAUCUAGACUCAAACAGCGGUUUCUGCUGAAGAAGAAACCAGAGUUAAACACCAGCCACUCAUCAGCACGUUUGUUGGAGGAAGUGAUGGCCAUCGAGAAACAUGAAAACAACCACCUUGUUCAUUGCACUACGUAUUAUUACUCUGUGAGAAUCCCCUACAGUCAGGAGCCGUCUUAUGUUUGGGUUGGGUGGGUAACCUCUAAGUUCCACCCUCAUAAUGUGACCUUUGACCUGGAAAGCCUUUGCACUGUCACAGUCACUCUUGGGGAUGAAUGGGGCAAAGUUCAUGAGAGUGUCAAGCGUAGCAGCUGUUACAUGGUGUGUGCAGCAGAAGGCAGCAGUUUGUCCCAUAGCCGCAACAGCAGUAGCCUGGAGAUUGGAUGUCUGGUUGACACUGCAACAGGGCUCCUCACAUUCACUGCUAAUGGCAAAGAACUUGCAACAUGCUACCAGGUGGAACCUGGAACCAAGCUCUUCCCUGCUGUUUUUGCUAAAGCCACAAGUUCUAAUGUUUUCCAGUUUGAGUUGGGACGCAUCAAGAAUGUGAUGCCAUUAUCAGCGGGAGUUUUUCGGAGUGAAAGAAGAAAUGCAAAACCUCAGUGUCCUCCUAGACUGUGUGUUCAACACCUAACGCUUCUGCGGUGGACCCGAGUACCUGACCACACUCAGCCUGUGGAAGUGACCCGUCUGGAGGAGAGAUAUGGCUGGAGAGCUCGCUGCACUCAGAUCCAUCAGAUCAUGACCCUACAUAUACCUGAGGAGAACAGGUGUGUUGACAUUCUGGAACUGUCCGAACUGCGUGAUCUCCUAAAGUUCCAUGACCACACCCUUCACCUCUACUCAGCUCUUUCAGCUCAUGGAAACACACAUGUAAGCCAUGCCCUCUGCAGCCAUGUGGACCAGUCACAACUCUUGUUCGCCUUGCAGUGCUCUAGAAUGCCAGGUCACCUGCGGACAAGUUACUACAACCUCCUCAUCAACACCCACCUUGGUGCCCACGCCAGUGCCAGGCAGGCCAUGACCCACGAAUACAUUGUGCCUUUGACUGAUGCCACACAGUCUGUUACACUCUACAAAAACAAUAGGAAGGUGCAGAGAUUCCCAGGAAGUGACUUCAGCACUUCCUUAUGGCCCAGAAUGCAUUUUACGUCACCUUGCUUCAUCAGAGCUUAUAAAAUAGAUGUGAUGGAUAGAAAUGAGGACGGGGCUUUGUGGAGUAGCUUGCGCCAAAACAGCCCAGAGUUCCCAUUGGACGUAUUAAAGGAUGUUGUAAUAACAAUGCUGGAGGAGGCAGUGGCAGCAGUAGGGCUGGGUGUAAGGGAUCCUGCAGGGGGAAGCAUAGAGCUCCUUAUGGUUCCUCUGCUCAGUUUAGUUCACACGCUCCUUCAGAUGGGUGUGUAUCAGGGAACAGAUCUGGAGGCAGUGUUUAGUUUCAUCCUGCCAGCCAGUUACAUGAGAGGAACAUGUAAAACAGAAGAGAUGGAUGAACUGGAAGAAAGUGAUGGAGAAAGAGAGGAAAAGGAGGGUAGAGAUCGGGAGGAUAAUGUCCCUCAGCAAAAUCUUCUUCAGAUGAAGCUUCCAGAAGCUGUCAAACUACAGGUGUGCCACCUUUUGAAGUACCUGUGUGACUGCCAGGUACGUCACAGAGUAGAAGCCGUGAUGUCGUUCUCGGGUGACUUCGUAGGUCGUCUUCAAGACAACCAGCGCUUUCGAUACAAUGAAGUUAUGGAUGCGCUCAACAUGUCUGCUGCCCUCACGGCACGCAAAACUAAAGAGUUCCGGUCCCCGCCUCAGGAACAGAUAAACAUGAUGUUGAGUUUCCGGGAAGUGUGUCAAGUAUGUCCAUGUCCAGAGGACAUCCAAGAUUUGAUGUGGGAAUUCCAUCAGGAUCUAAUGAGCCACUGUGGAAUUGAGAUAGACAGUGGUUCAGAGAAUGAGGAUGAGGACAACCAAUCAGUCAGGAAUCACCUCAAAAGCCUAGUGGAUAAAAUAAUUCAUUUUAAGAGGAGAAUGUCUGGCCUGCCUGAAGAGAUUGUGAACAAACCUGUCUCACUACAGCAGCUGAUAUCAGAGACCAUGCUGCACUGGGCCCAGGAGGGGACAAUAGAAGACCCAGCUCUGGUGCGUGCUGUUUUCAGCCUGCUGCAUCAACAGUAUGCCGGGCUGGGAGGCCAGAUGUCUGCACCACUAAAGAAGGCUUACUGUAUCAGCCAGACAUCUGUGGAAGAUACUCUAAAUCUACAGUGGGCUCUAGCACGGAUUCGUUCAUUGCUCACAGCCAGGAUGGGCAAAGAAGAGGAGGAACUCAUGAUCAGAGGACUAGGUGACAUUAUGAACAAUAAAGUGUUCUAUCAGCAUCCUAAUCUGAUGAGAGCUCUGGGGAUGCAUGAGACCGUCAUGGAAGUUAUGGUGAAUGUCCUUGGAGCUAGAGAAUCUAAGGAAAUCAUGUUUCCUAAGAUGGUUGCGCACUGCUGUCGUUUCCUUUGUUAUUUCUGUCGAAUCAGUCGGCAUAAUCAGAGGGCCAUGUUUGAUCAUCUCAGCUACCUGCUGUACAACAGUAAUGUAGGACUUGCUUCUCCCUCAAUGAGAGGAUCAACUCCUCUGGAUGUGGCGGCUGCUUCUGUCAUGGACAACAACGAACUGGCGCUUGCUCUUACAGAGGGAGAUCUGGAGAAAGUGGUGCAGUAUUUGGGAGGCUGUGGUUUGCGUAGUUGUGCUCUGCUGGUCUCCAAAGGAUACCCAGAUAUUGGUUGGAACCCUGUAGAGGGAGAACGUUACCUGGACUUCCUGCGUUUUGCAGUAUUUUGCAAUGGUGAGAGUGUUGAGGAGAACGCUUAUGUGGUAGUGAGGCUUCUGAUUCGCCGGCCUGAAUGCUUUGGCCCCGCCCUUCGAGGGGAGGGGGGAAAUGGUCUUUUAGCAACUAUUGAGGAAGCCAUCAGAAUUUCCCACCUGCAGGAUGGAGCCAGUGCAGCCAAUGCACACAGUUCCAAUCGGACGCUUGACAUGCUUGAUGAUGAAGAUGAUGAUGUCAUUCACAUGGGACACGCCAUAAUGACCUUCUACUCUGCUCUCAUUGAUCUGUUGGGUCGUUGUGCACCUGAGAUGCAUCUCAUAGAAGCGGGGAAAGGUGAGGCCAUUCGGAUCAGGGCAAUCUUGAGGUCUCUCGUUCCCAGAGAGGAUCUGGAGGGAAUCAUCAAUAUUCCUUUUAGUUUACCACUUGUAAACACAGAUGAUCUAGUGGUGGAGCCUGACAUGUCUCAGAUAUUUUGUCCGGAUCACAAAGCAGCCAUGGUGCUGUUCUUGGACCGGGUUUAUGGAGUUCAGGACCAGCAGGUUUUGCUGCGUCAACUGGAGAAUGGUUUCCUGCUGGACCUGCAAGCGGCUGUUAAUAUGGAUGCUACGGGGUUAGGUGGAACAGAUAUGGCUCUGGCCCUUAAUCGAUACAUAUGUGUGGCUGUGCUGCCAUUGCUGAGUAAGUAUUCCUCUCUGCUGUGUGACUCCUCUUCACUGCGGACUGGGCUGGUGGAUGAGCUCUUGCAGGGUGUCUACAGCCUCUCUAAAGCCAGCGGACUGACCAAGGCCCAGAGAGAUGCUAUCCAGGACUGUCUCCUGUCAGUAUGUGGAAAACUGAAUCCCUCCAUGUUGCAGUCUCUGCUGCAGAAUCUUGUGUUUGACGUCCCGCAACUAUCAGAAAACUCCAAGAUGCCACUCAAGCUGUUGACCAAUCAUUAUGAGCAGAGCAGGAAGUACUACUGUCGAAAUGAUGGAUGGGGUGGCUUUGGCUCUGCUUCAGAGGAAGAACUUCGUCUGACCAGAAAGCUGUUUUGGGGGAUAUUCAGUGCUCUUGCCAAAAAAUCUUACGAUCCAGACCUCUUUAAACUGGCCCUGGGUUGUCUCAGUGCAGUUGCCGGGGCGAUUCCUCCCGACCACCUUGACCUGAGCUGCACAGGAGGACGAGAGAGACACUCCACGAUGAAUUCAGAGAGACGGUUUUGUCCUCGACCCCUGGACACCUCAAAUGUGACAAUCCCAGAGAUGCUUGAGUUUGUGGUGAACAAAUACGCUGAACAUACACAUGAGAAAUGGUCCCUGGAAAAGUUUGGGAACGGCUGGGUUUAUGGAGAACAGUUUUCUGAGAGUGCUAAAGUUCACCCACUCCUUAAACCUUACAGAGCUCUAUCUGAGAAGGAUAAAGAAGGUUAUCGAGGGGCCAUUAAAGAGACAGUGAAAUGCAUGCUGGGCUUGGGAUGGACUAUUGAGAGGACCAAUGAUGGGGAGUCACAAGGCUUUCGCAACCCAGCUCGAAGGAUUUCACAGUCUGGCAAGCUGUCUUUUGAAGGAGCUUCCACAUUCAGUCCAAAGCCUGUGGAUACCAGCAGCGUCACUCUGACUUGGGAUCAGCAUGCCAUGGCAGAGCGGUUGGCUGAGAAUUAUCAUCACGUCUGGGCAGCCAGGAAACUGCAGGAGCUGGAGAGUAAAGGAGGGGGCAGUCACCCUCUGCUUGUACCGUAUGAUGCUCUGAGCAUUAAAGAUAAGAGUCGAGUCAGAGACAAAGCUCAAGAUGUUCUCAAGUUCUUCCACAUCAAUGGGUACUCAGUGAGAAGGAACAGAGAGGUGGCAGAUGCUGAUUCCCCAGCGAUUGUGAGCCGCUUCGCUUACGGCCUGCUCCAGCAAGCCCUCUGUCUCACUGAGCAAGCCCACGAACAGUUACUAGAGCUGGAGGUUGCUCAGGCGCGAGGGCAGAUUAACAGGACUGAGAAAGUUCCCCAUGAACAGCAAAUUCAUUUCUUCAUGAAGGUUGUAUUGCCACUAUUAGAUCAAUACUUCAAAAAUCACUAUCCCUACUUCCCCUCCACUACAAUGUGUUCACUUAGAGAUGGCUGCCAGUCCACCAGUAAAGAAAAAGAGAUGGCUACAAGUUUAUUCUGUAAACUCGGAGCUCUAGCCAGACGCAGAAUCUCUCUGUUUGGAAAUGAUGCCCUUGCUUUGGUGAGCUGCCUACAAAUCCUGGCACAGUCCCUGGAUGGAAGGAUGUUAAUGAAAACCACUACCGAAUCCGUCAGGCUGUCGCUACGGUCGUUCUUUGAAGGCGCAGCAGAAGAUCUGGAGCUAACGGUAGAUAAUGUGACCUGGGAUGGACUGAACCGAGCCAAAGGAAGGGGAGACAGUGAGGUCAUAACGUACACCACCGCUGCCCUGAUCCCAGUGCUCACCGCUCUAUUCCUGCACGACGCCCAGAGGCAGCACGGAGGGGGACUGAUCGUGGAUGAAGUGCACUCCUGUUUCUACAGGAUCCUCAGCUGUCUAUACAUUCUUGGCACCUGCAGUGGUACAUUCAUUGAGAGGCAGAGGUCGGUCUUGGGGGAGUGUCUGGCUGCUUUAUCUGCAGCCUUUCCUGUGUGUUUCUUGGAGCUGACUGACCUUCAUUCCCUCUCCGACACUAUGAGUAAUGAAGAGAGUGAAGCUGGCAGAGCCUGUAGGCUCCUCCCCACUUUGCAGGAGGCUUUCUCAGAGGUCGAAGAGCUCGUAGAGGCAGGACCAGCGGCCCGUCAUGCCCUUUUAACAAAGGUUACUGAGGUGACGCUUCCUCUGCUGUGUAGUUAUGUCUCUCGCUGGGGGGAAGCUGAUAUCCAAGCAUCCCAGGAGGGACACAUUUCUUGUGUCACACCCCAGCAUGCUAAUGCCCUACUGGGUCAUAUCCUCUCCAUCAUCCACGCUCAUCUGGGGACCGCAGACAGUGCUUGGAUGAAACGCCUCGCAGUAUUUGGCCAGCCUCUCAUCAGCAAGGCAGAACCACGCCUCCUGAAGAGCCACUUCCUGCCUUUGAUGGAAAAAUUGAGGAAGAGGGCGGAGUCAGUGCUCCUGGAGGAGGAGCAUUUGAAGACAGAGGGGGGUGGCGAUGUCUCAGAGCAGGAGUUAGACAUCCAGGAAAGGUUUACUGUGUUGGUCCAAGAUAUCUACACAUUUUACCCUUUACUCAUUCCAUUUAUAGACAUCCACAGAAUGAGUUGGCUGAGAGAGGUGGACGCAAAUGCUGAGAAGCUGUUCUCCCUCGUAGCUGAAGUCUUCAUUUUUUGGGCUAAAUCUCAUAAUUUCAAAUGGGAAGAACAGAACUUUGUUGUUCAAAAUGAAAUCAACAACAUGACACUCCUGGUGAACAGCAGCAAAAGCAGGAUGUAUAAGGGGGGGGUGUGCAACCAGGCGAGGAGAAAGGUGAAGAGGAAGGGUGAUUUUUACUCCACACACACCUCUCUCAUUAUGGCGGCACCAAAAAAACUCCUCUCGGUUGCCAUGAACGGAUGUUGCCAUGGCUAUCAGGGCCUGGUCACCCAUGCCAAAAGCCGUUUCUCUCAGAGGGACACAGAGGAUGAGAUCAGAGCGUACAUUCGAAGCAGCCUGCAACAGGAUAUGUGUGAAUACUCAGAAGAUCCCCUCAGUGUUGAGAGGAUCUUAAGCAUGGCUCGUGUUCUUUUCCAUCUGGAUCAGGUGGAGCGCCCUCAGAAGACGAAGAGGGCAGUGUGGCAUAGGAUGUUGUCUAAGCAGAGGAAACGGGCUGUAGUUGCUUGUUUGAGAAUGGUUCCUUUGUACAAUCUCCCCAGGCACAGAGCGGUGAACCUUUUCCUGCAGGGUUAUGAGAGAGUCUGGCUGAAUGCAGAGCGUGACUCACCUGAGGACAGACUAAUUGAGGAUUUGGCUAAAGCAACUCGUGUAGAGAUCCUGAAGGAGGGAGUGGAGCAGAGAAACAACAUCGAUCCACUCUGUCAGCUUAUCAGUCUCUUCAGUCAAAGUGCCUUGACUGAGAAGAGUAAGCUUGAGGAUGAUGACCUGUUCAUGUGCUAUGUUGACAUCAUGGCCAAGAGUUGCCAAAGUGAGGAAGACCAGGAUGAAGAUGGCCUGAAGUCAUUUGAGGAAAAAGAGAUGGAAAAGCAGAGGCUGCUGUAUCAGCAGGCCCGACUUCACGAACGCGGAGCUGCUGAGAUGGUCUUACAGAACCUCAGCGCCAGCACAGGUGAUAUGGGGCCUAUGGUAGCAGCCACAUUAAAGCUGGGCAUUGCAAUCCUGAAUGGAGGAAACACGUCUGUCCAGCAGAAAAUGCUGGAUUACCUGCGACAGAAGAGAGAUGUGGGCUUCUUUCACAGUCUGGUUGGCUUAAUGCAGUCUUGCAGCGUGCUGGAUUUGAACGCGUUUGAGAGGCAGAUCAAAGCGGAGAGUUUAGGAGUGGGUGCUGAGGACAAUUCAGGCGAUCGAGUAAUGGCAGAUGAACAGCUAACCUGUGAUCUUUUCCGAUUCCUCCAGCUUCUUUGUGAAGGCCAUAAUACUGACUUCCAGAACUACUUGCGGACUCAAACUGGAAACAACACAACGGUCAACAUCGUCAUCUCCACUGUGGACUAUCUGCUCAGGGUUCAGGAGUCCAUCAGUGAUUUCUACUGGUAUUAUUCAGGGAAGGAUGUGAUUGAUGAGCGUGGUCAGCACAACUUCUCCAAAGCCAUCAGCGUGGCCAAGCAGGUGUUCAACACACUCACUGAAUACAUUCAGGGUCCGUGUACAGGAAACCAGCAGAGUUUGGCCCACAGUCGUCUGUGGGAUGCUGUAGUUGGCUUCCUCCAUGUGUUUGCCCAUAUGCAAAUGAAGCUUUCUCAGGAUUCUAGCCAAAUAGAGCUGUUGAAGGAUUUGAUGGACUUACAAAAAGACAUGGUGGUAAUGCUGCUUUCCAUGCUUGAAGGAAAUGUAGUGAAUGGCACCAUUGGCAAACAGAUGGUAGAUAUGCUAGUAGAAUCAUCCAGCAAUGUGGAGAUGAUCCUCAAGUUCUUUGAUAUGUUCCUCAAACUCAAAGACCUCACGUCAUCUGAAUCCUUUCGUGAAUAUGACCCAGACGGCAGAGGGCUCAUUACCAAAAAGGACUUCCACCGAGCCAUGGAAGGUUUCAAGCACUACUCUCAAUCCGAGAUCGAGUUCCUGUUAUCCUGUGCAGAGACGGCAGAAAGCGAGCUUCUGGAUUACCCAGACUUUGUGACACGAUUUCAUGAACCGGCCAAAGAUAUUGGCUUUAACGUGGCUGUUCUUCUGACCAAUCUAUCCGAACACAUGCCAAAUGAUUGCCGCUUGCAGAAUUUCCUAGAGCUGGCGGACAGCGUGCUCAAGUAUUUCCAUCCUCACCUGGGGAGGAUCGAAAUCCUGGGCAGCGGGAAACGGAUCGAAAGGGUCUACUUUGAGAUCAGCGAAUCCAGCCGGACACAGUGGGAGAAACCACAGGUGAAGGAGAGCAAAAGGCAGUUCAUCUUUGAUGUGGUGAAUAAAGGUGGAGAGAAGGAAAAGAUGGAGCUAUUUGUCAACUUCUGUGAAGACACCAUCUUUGAAAUGCAGCUUGCUGCACAAAUAUCUGGUUCAGAGAGUGGAGACGAACUGAAAGCAAAGGAUGACAAAGAGGAGAAGGACAAGGUGGAGAAGAAUGGAAACCUUCCUGAAGACAACAGGAUGACCAAAAACUUAAAACACUUAAAAAGAAUAACCAUCAGGAGUAUCAUCUCAGUGAUCUUCUCUGUCUUCCACAAUGUUGUGUUGUUUAUCACGCGUGCCUUUUUAGGUCUGGUUUGGUUCUUCCUUUACCUGCUCUACCACAUCUUCUUGAGUGGAUGGAUUAUUGACGUGGCUAAAGAAAUGAAACUGGCCGACCUUUUAGGUGACCUUCAGGAUCCUACCAUGGUUGAGACCAUAGGGUUUGGAGAAGGAGUGCUAAGAGAGAAUAAUACGUGUCAUACAAGUGCCUUUUCUUCUCGCGGUGAUCUUAGAGGGAUGGGUCUAGAUCUGUCUGCAGUGUCCAGGGACCCACAGCUCCUCACAGAUAUUUUCGGCUUGUGUUUGAAGAAGGAAGGAGGGAAGUACACACUGUCGAGCAGAGACCAACAUGGCAGUCUGGAUGACUUUCUAAACACGACCAAAUAUCAGGUGGAAAUCUGUGAGGAGAAUUUUCACGAGGCACAAGAGGAAGAUUCAGAGACUAAGAAAGCUUUUGAUGAGGAUAAACAUAAAGGGGAAAAGAAGCCUAAACGGAGACUUCGAAAGCUCAGCUCUUCAAAACCAGAUGAGACAGAAGUCCAGGAAUCAGCUCUUUGGAAAACGAUCUGCUCUCAUAGCACCAAACUGCUGAACUGUUUUGCAAGAAAUUUCUACAACAUUAGAUUGUUGGCUCUGUUCUUUACUUUUGCCAUAAAUUUUAUUCUUCUGUUUUACAAGGUCUCCUCAACCAUUGAUGAGGAUGAAGGUGUGGAGAUCGCUCUUCGUGACAACCGCACCAAGGAUUUACAGGAAGUUUAUUUUGAACUAGAAGAGAACAGUGGCUACAUGAAAAUGAUUCUUCACAGCCUGGCUGUCCUGCACACACUCAUCUCACUCUGUUGUAUCAUCGGCUACUACUGUCUGAAGGUUCCUUUGGUCAUUUUUAAGCGAGAAAAGGAGCUGGCUCGUAAACUGGAGUUUGACGGACUCUAUAUCAUAGAGCAACCUUCUGAAGAUGACAUUAAAGGCCAGUGGGACAGAAUGGUCAUCAAUACACCAUCAUACCCAAGUAAUUAUUGGGAUAAAUUUGUGAAAAGGAAGGUGAUGGCGAAAUAUGGAGAGCUGUAUGGAUCGACACGCAUCAGUGAGCUGCUGGGUUUGGAUAAAGCUGCUCUGGACUUCAGCUCAGAGGCUCAGGAGAGCAAGAGGCCCGUACAAAAGGUUGCCCUCUUCAGAUUAAACACCAUUGAUGUGAAGUACCAGAUAUGGAAGCUAGGAGUGGUUUUCACUGACAGUUCCUUCCUUUACCUGGCCUGGUAUAUGGUUGUGUCAGUUCUGGGCCAUUAUAACAAUUUCUUCUUCGCUGCCCACCUGCUAGACAUCGCCAUGGGCUUCAAAACACUGCGCACCAUACUGUCAUCUGUUACACAUAAUGGCAAACAGCUGGUUUUGACAGUGGGACUGUUGGCUGUGGUUGUGUAUCUCUACACUGUGGUUGCCUUUAACUUCUUCCGCAAAUUUUACAACAAAAGUGAAGACGGUGAACCAGUGGAUAUGAAAUGUGACGAUAUGCUCAGUUGUUACAUGUUCCACAUGUACGCUGGUGUGCGAGCCGGGGGAGGGAUCGGAGAUGAAAUUGAAGACCCGGCCGGUGACGAGUUUGAGUUCUACCGUAUCAUCUUCGACAUCACUUUCUUCUUCUUCGUCAUCGUCAUCCUCCUCGCCAUCAUUCAGGGUCUGAUCAUUGAUGCAUUCGGCGAGUUGAGAGACCAGCAGGAGCAGGUUAAAGAAGACAUGGAGACUAAGUGUUUUAUCUGUGGCAUUGGGAGCGAGUAUUUUGACACGGUGCCCCAUGGCUUUGAGUCGCACACAUUGCAAGAGCACAACCUGGCCAACUAUCUGUUCUUUCUGAUGUAUCUCAUCAAUAAAGAUGUCACAGAACAUACUGGACAGGAAUCAUACGUUUGGAAGAUGUUCCAGGAACGCUGCUGGGAGUUCUUUCCUGUUGGAGACUGUUUCCGGAAACAGUACGAGGGUCAGCUCAGCUGAAGAAUUCCAUGUCUGUAAUGUUAGAAGCUGGUGUGUGACUCAGUACUGUUUUGAAUGUUUGUUUUAUCUACACCACAUAUUUAUUUUAGUAAUAUAUUGUAUUGUUGAAUUUAAGGAACCAAGUUGAUGGUGCACUUUUUGGACAUAGAGAAUGCAGUUUUAUUUAAUCUGUCACUUUGGAUCGAUGGCAAGUAGUAUAAAUUAAAAUGUGGUAUUUCUUUAGCUUGAAACAUUACAGAACCCAUGUUCACAGUUAACCAACAUUAUGCUGAAACUGCUAGAUCUGUAAAUUUUUGGUACUUGUAUUGAUAUAUUAUUCAUGGCUGUAAGUUAACACAAUCAGUGCAGGGUGAUUAGUUUAAUAAAGUUGAAGUCUCACUCCCUCA